GAGCAUGCUGCGCUGGUUCACCACCGUGAUCCUGUGUCUGGCCUUCCUGGGGAUGGGAAUACGUGUUUCUAUACUGGGGCCUACUUUUCAAGAUCUGGCCACUAACGUGAACCGCAAUAUCAGCAGUCUUUCUGAAAUAUUUGUGGGUCGUGCUUUAGGAUAUAUGUGUGGCUCUUUGAUCGGAGGAUUUCUUUUGGACUGUAUGAAUCGGAUUUUACUUCUGGGGCUGUCCAUGUGGGUCAUGACUGUGAGUACUUAUCUUAUUCCAUUUUGCAAGACUGCAGUGUUGCUGAUUGUCAUGGUGUCUGCCAUGGGUGCCUCAUUUGGUGUUCUGGAUACAGGUGGUAAAGUGCUCAUCUUGGCUCUUUGGGGGGACAAGAGCCCCAGCCACAUGCAGGCCUUACACUUCAGUUAUGCCCUGGGUGCCUUCCUGGCUCCCCUGCUGGCCAAACUGGCGCUGGGCCCCAAAGCCUCUGCUGACAACUACACAGAGCCCGACUUUCUCCCUGCAGCCCUCAAUGCCUCUUCUGAAAGCACUUCAGAUCCUCUACUCGCAGCUCCCCAUGACAUGAACUUACUGUGGGCUUAUGCUUCCAUAGGCACUUACAUUCUUGUAGUUUCUCUCCUUUUCUUUGCUCUGUUCUGCAUGAGAAGCUCAAGGCAGGGAAAAUCAACAGAAUCUGCUCAGCAAUCUCAAAGAGCUCAAUACCACAAGGCCCUUCUCUGUCUGCUUUUUCUGUUCUUCUUCUUCUACAUUGGGGCUCAGAUGACAUACACUUCUUACCUUUUCUCCUUUGCCACCACCCUUGUUGGCAUGGAUGAGAGACAGGCAGCUGGCUUGAACUCCAUCUUCUGGGGGACCUUCGCAGCCUGCAGGGGCCUGGCAAUGGGCUUUGCUGGGUGUUUAAGCCCUGUCACUAUGAUUUUGUUGAGCAACAUUGGCAGCCUGGCCUCCUGUUUGUGUCUGGUGCUUUUUCACAGGAGCACCCUUUGUCUGUGGAUAGCAACCUCUGUGUAUGGGGCCUCCAUGGCCACCCCGUUUCCCAGUGCUUUUUCUUGGAUGCAACAGUACACCACCAUCACUGGCAAAUCUGCUGCAUUUAUUAUGAUUGGUGCUUCCUUGGGACUAAUGGCUAUUCCUGCAUUAACCGGAGUUCUUCAAGGACAAUAUCCAGAUCUACCAGUAGUGGUGUAUGCCUGUUUUGGGUCUGCAAUUUUCACUGCUGUUAUAUUUCCUAUGAUGUAUAAAGUUGCUACCUUGCCCGUGCAAAAAGGAAACAGAAAAGAGGACACCGUGCAGUGCCAAAGAGAGCUGCUUCAAAACAGGACUCAGCUUUCCAGCAACACAGAGGCACUUAACAAAGACCUCACCUGGGACUCAAGAACUGAUUUCUAA